AUGUUCCUGUCCAAGUCUAUGAGGACGCGGUGGAGCGCCUCCAAAAGCGUCGCCCGUCUGGCUGUGGCAAGCAGAGCCGGCCUCUACCCCUCCUCCUCCAACACAUCGUCUUCGCCGUCGACGAGGCCCUUCCACAGCUCUCGACCGCUGCGCGUUGUCAAGCCUGUGCUGCUGGCCGACAUUGGCGAGGGUAUCGUCGAGUGCGAGGUCAUCCAGUGGUUCGUCGAGCCCGGCGCGCGCGUCGAGGAAUUCUCCCCUCUGUGCGAGGUCCAGAGCGACAAGGCCUCGGUCGAGAUCACGAGCCGUUUCUCCGGCGUCGUCAAGAAGCUGUACUAUGAGGCUGGCGACAUGGCCAAGGUCGGCAAGGCCUUUGUCGACAUUGACAUCCAGGGCGGCGCCAAACAGGAAGACCUCGACACGCUGAUCGCUCCCGAGGCCGUCGAAGAGAGGCCGACGCCGAGCGAGCCUCAGCCAGACUCAGCAUCUGCGCCCGCGCCGGCAGCAGCAGCAGCAGCAGCAGCAGCAGUAGCAGCAGCAGCAACAGCAACACAAGCACAUACGGCGGCACCAGAGGCUCCGCCAUCCACGUCACCAGCCUCAGAAACCCCAAAGCCAAAGGGCAAGUGCGCCGCGCUCGCGACGCCCGCCGUCCGACACUUGUCCAAGGAGCUCAAGAUCGACAUAGCCGAGAUUGACGGCACUGGCCGCGACGGCAGGGUGCUCAAGGAAGACAUUUACAAGUUUGUCAAGACGCGUGAAGCCACGCCAGCAGCAGCACCUCCAUCACCAUCACCAUCACCACCAGCAACGCCCAGCAGCGCCCCCUCGGCGCCCCUCGUCGAGACCCGCGUCCCGCUGACGAACACGCAACACCAAAUGUUCAAGUCGAUGACGCGGUCCCUCGCGAUCCCGCACUUCCUCUACGCCGACGAGGUCGACUUUACGUCGCUCGUCGAGCUCCGCACCCGGCUCAACCGCGUCCUCUCGACGCAGCCGCAGCACCAGGACCCGCACGUGGCCAAGCUCUCCUACCUGCCCUUCAUCAUCAAGGCCGUCUCGCUGACGCUGCACCAAUACCCCGUGCUCAACGCGCGCGUCGACCACGCGGCCGACGCGGCGCAGAAGCCCGCCCUCGUCCUGCGGCCGCAGCACAACAUCGGCAUCGCCAUGGACACGCCCUCGGGCCUCCUCGUGCCCGUCAUCAAGGACGUCGCCAACCGCACGCUCCUCUCCAUCGCCGCCGAGCUCGCCCGCCUCCAGGGCCUCGCCCUCGCCGGCCGCCUGCCCCCCGCCGACAUGACGGGCGGCACCAUCACCGUCUCCAACAUUGGCAACAUUGGCGGCACCUACCUCUCGCCCGUCAUUGUCGAGCGCGAGGUCGCCAUCCUCGGCAUCGGCCGCAUGCGGCCCGUCCCCGCCUUUGACGACGCCGGCCAGAUUGUCAAGAAGCACGUCUCCAACUUUAGCUGGUGCGCUGACCAUCGCGUCGUGGACGGCGCCACCAUGGCCCGCGCUGCCGAGGUCGUGCGCCGCCUGGUCGAGGAGCCCGACGUCAUGGUCAUGCACCUGAGGUAG